AAGGAUGGCGGCUCUAAAGGUGUUUGGGGAGAUAAGAGCGAACGGUUAGCUCAGAGCGUCCUCGAAUUGGCGGGGAAAGGCCCUACGACCGGUUCGUACCCCAGAAACUAAAGGAAGGAGGCAGCAAGAUAAGUCUGAUGGUGUCACUACAGUACACUACCUGAGAUUCGUACAUUAUCUCAAAGAGGACCUCUCACGGAGUGGUAUUUGCACUCUUCUGGGUAUGCACUGUGCACUGAGCAACCAUGGACUCCAAGCAGAAGUGUCUGGAUGAGAUGACUGCAAAUUUGGGUCUGAGCACAACGAAGGCCUUAACGAUCUUGAGAGACCAGCUGUCUGCACUGCUGGAGGGGCAUCAGAAGGAAAGAAAGAAGGUGCUUUCAUGGAAAGAAGUGUGGAAGACAAGUUUCUUGUACCAUGGCAACCGUUGCUCCUGUUUCCAUUGGCCAGGGGCAUCCCUGAUGCUACUGACAGUGCUGCUACUAUUAUGUUGUUAUGGGAGUCAGCCACAAGGAAGUGAAGGUUCUGAAAUUGUCAACGCCUUGGCACUCUUCUUCCUGGUGCUACUUGAUCUCUUCUUGAUUGGACGGCAAGAGAGACUGAAGCGCCGGGAAGUUGAGAGAAGGCUCCGGAACAUCAUCAACAAAAUAAAUGAUGCCUUAAGAGGUGGCAAAGAGCUGAACUGGGUAAACGCCAUGUACCCUGACCUUCACAUGCCCUUCGCCCCAUCCUGGUCACUGCAUUGGGUCUACAGGGACGGCCAUCUGGUCAACCUCCCAGUCAGCUUGUUAGUAGAGGGUGAUGUUAUUGCUCUGAGGCCAGGACAGGAGUCCUUCACUUCUCUUAGAGGGAUUAAGGAUGAUGAACACAUUGUCCUGGAGCCAGGAGAUCUGUUUCCCCCAUUUUCUCCUCCACCCUCCCCAAAUGGUGAGCUGAAGAAAGGACCUCAGAAUCCCCAGUUAUAUCGGCUCUUUUGUGUCACAAAAACACCUGUAAUUGACAAUGUGAGGUUGUGCCUGGACAUGGCUUUGUCACGUCCUGUGACUGCUCUGGAUAAUGAGAGGUUCACAGUGCAGUCGGUGAUGCUCAAAUUUGCUGUUCCUAUUGUGCUGAUUGGUUUCCUAAUCACCAAUGCCAUGCGCUUCAUUUUCAUGGCUCCUGGAAUAAUCCCUUGGCAGUACACAUUUCUUCAGCUGCAGGUCAAUGGUGUCUUGCCCAUCCUCCCGCUGCUCUUUCCUGUCCUGUGGAUUCUUGCUACGGCCUUUGGUGAAGCCCGAGUCUUGGCCCAGAUGAGCAAGGCCUCACCCUCUUCCCUGCUGGCUAAGUUCUCAGAGGACACACUGAGCAGCUACACGGAGAUGGUUUCUUCCCAGGAAAUGAUACGAUGUAUCUGGAGCCACUUCCUGCAUGUCCUGAAGGGCAAGUCUCCAACACUCACCUUCACCUCUAGCUUACUUCACAGCCUGGGAUCUGUCACAGUGCUUUGCUGUGUGGAUAAGCAAGGAAUUCUGUCCUGGCCUAAUCCCAGUCCAGAGACGGUUUUGUUCUUUAGUGGCAAGGUGGAGCCUCCUCACAGCAGCCAUGAAGACCUGACAGAUGAACUUUCCACACGUUCCUUCUGCCACCCAGACAUGGACGAAGAGCCCCAUGAAAGGGAUGCCUUGCUCUCAGGACCUUUGUCAGAUGCGGUUCGCAUCACCAAUGAACAAGACAGAGCUGAGUGGUCCACCAGCAACACCCCAAAAUCUUCAGAUACUCAUAUUCACAGGAAACCAACCAGCCGCAGCAAGCACCCUUCAGGAUCGAAUGUGAGCUUCAGCAAGGACAUGGAAGAUGGAGAAGAGGAGUCUGUUCAGGUCGAAGGAGACAGCGAGGGACUGGCAUGUGAGGCCGAAGACUUUGUGUGUGAUUACCACCUGGAAAUGCUCAGCCUUUCGCAGGACCAGCAGAACCCCUCCUGCAUCCAGUUUGACGAUUCCAACUGGCAGCUGCAUUUAACCUCUUUGAAGCCCCUGGGCUUGAACGUGUUGCUCAACCUGUGCAAUGCGAGCGUGACCGAGCGCCUGUGCCGCUUCUCUGACCACCUCUGCAACAUCGCCUUGCAGGAGACCCACAAUGCUGUGCUGCCUGUUCAUGUGCCAUGGGGGCUUUGUGAGCUUGCCAGGCUUAUUGGCUUUACACCUGGUGCCAAAGAGCUUUUCAAACAGGAGAACUACUUGGCCCUUUACCGCCUGCCAUCGGAUGAGGUGGUGAAAGAGGUGAUGCUCGGAAAACUCUCACUCGUCACCAAAAGGAGGCCACCUUUGAGUCAUAUGAUCUGCCUUUUUGUUAAAGACACCACUACCAGCACUGAGCAGAUGCUUUCCCAUGGGACUGCUGACAUCAUCCUUGAGGCCUGCACAGACUUCUGGGAUGGAUCUGACAUCUAUCCACUAUCUGGCUCUGACAGGAAGAAAGUGUUGGAUUUCUACCAGCGUGCCUGCCUUUCUGGUUACUGCUCUGCCUUCUCUUACAAGCCCAUGCACUGUGCCUUGUCCUCUCAGCUCAAUGGCAAAUGUAUAGAGCUGGUGCAAGUCCCUGGACAGAGUGCCAUCUUCACCUCCUGCGAUCUACCAGGGACUACACCCAUCAAGCAGAGCAGCCGGAGGAACAGCUGGAGCUCGGAUGAAGGGAUUGGGGAAGUGAUGGAGAAGGAGGACUGUAUGCAGGCUCUGAGUGGCCAGAUCUUCAUGGGAAUGGUCUCAUCCCAAUAUCAGGCCCGGUCAGAUGUUGUUCGUCUCAUUGAGGGAUUAGUCAAUGCCUGCAUCCGUUUUGUCUACUUUUCCCUGGAAGAUGAGCUCAAAAGCAAGGUGUUUGCUGAGAAAAUGGGCCUUGAGACGGGCUGGAACUGCCACAUAUCCCUUACACCCAAUGGAGAUGUGCCUGGUUCUGAAAUCCCUCCCUCCAGCCCCAGUCACGCGGGCUCCUUGCGCGAUGACCUUCACCAGGUCUCUCGAGAUGAUGCGGAGGGCCUUCUGCUGAUGGAGGAGGAGGGACACUCAGACCUCAUUAGCUUUCAGCCAACAGACAGCGACAUCCCCAGCUUCUUGGAGGAUUGCAAUAGGGCCAAACUUCCACGGGGAAUCCACCAGGUGAGGCCCCACCUGCAGAACAUUGACAACGUGCCUUUGCUCGUUCCUCUGUUUACAGAUUGCACCCCAGAAACCAUGUGUGAAAUGAUCAAGAUCAUGCAGGAGUAUGGCGAGGUCACGUGCUGCCUGGGCAGCUCUGCCAACUUGCGCAACAACUGCCUGUUCCUUCAGAGUGACAUCAGCAUCGCCCUAGAUCCACUUUAUCCAUCCCGCUGCUCCUGGGAGACAUUUGGUUAUGCCACCAGCACGAAUAUGACCUGUAUCACUGACGAGCUCACGCCCCUGCAGCUGUCCGGCCAGUUAAACAGCUUGUCCUGCUCCCUGUCUAUUUUUCCUGAAGAAACCCUUGGAAUCAUCAGACUGAUAGAGCAGGCCCGGCAUGCAACAUACGGUAUCCGCAAGUGCUUCCUCUUCCUUCUCCAGUGUCAGUUGGCUCUGGUCAUCAUCCAGUUCCUCUCUUGCCUGGUGCAGCUGCCCCCCAUUCUCAGCACCACGGACAUUUUGUGGCUCUCCUGCUUCUGCUACCCAUUGCUAAGUGUGUCCCUCCUGGGCAAGCCCCCUCACAGUUCCAUCAUGUCGAUGGCGACUGGGAAGAAUCUGACCUCCAUUCCUAAAAAGACUCAGCACUACUUCCUGUUCUGCUUCCUGCUGAAAUUCAGCCUCACCAUCUGUUCCUGCUUGGCUUGCUUUGGUUACAUGCUGCAAGAUUACUGUGCAAACUUCAACUCAUCUGCCUUCAGUGUGAAUGUCACAAGCUGCUCCUCCAUCAUGCUGCACAGGGAUGCAGAAAGCCCUCCUGAUUGGUUUGGGUCAUUUUCCAACAUUCUCCUCCUGGCCCAGAAGUUUACAGCUGGAAUGAUUGUCUUACAUACUGUGUUUAUAUCCGUCACCCAUGUCCAUCGUACCAAGCCUCUGUGGAGGAAGAGCCCCUUCACUAACUUCUGGUGGACCCUGACGGUAGCAGUUGUGUUGCUGGGUCAGGUCAUCCAAACCCUCCUGGACCUCAAGCUCUGGGUGAACCUGGAGUCUCCGAUUACCUGCAGAGUGGGCGACAUUCCCCUGGCCUCCUGGCUGCUGGGAUUGCUCUCCCUCGUCCUCGUUGUGAUCAUCAACGAGACUGUCAAGCUCCAUGAAAUCAGGGUUCGAGUACGUUACCAGAAACGGCAGAAGCUGCAGUUUGAAACCAAGCUGGGCAUGAAUUCUCCGUUUUAAUCUCCCAUCAGCAGGAGAUGGCCCUGGUAGGACUGCAUGUUCCUUUCCCAAACAGCUGUGUCACUUUAUUGGGAGAGAAGAACAUCUGUGCAUGCGAUUCCUUCUGGAGGCUGUGGAUCGAGACCACCCAGUCGCAGGAGGGGACCGCUGCAGCAAGAGCCCUGGCGAAGGAUCAGCGCCCAGGUGUGAUGGCUUGGAUGGCACACAGACUGCUGCUACUUUAAUUUAUUUUAGUACCUCUUUCCCUAGGAGCUCCUUGCAAUCCAGCAGACCGGCAUUCAUCCAGGAGUAUGCCAUUUGGCGAGGAAUCUUCAUUUUGACUUUGUUUUUCAGCCUUUCAUAAUGGGACAUUUUGAUUCUUCACCCCCCUUGUCUGGUUGUCUACCCUUUCUGUCAUGUGUGGAAGCCUCUUGCACCUGGCAGUUCUGGGGAGCACGGCUGAUGGAAUAAGUGACCUUUCCUGCUAGCUGGCCCUGGAGAAGGUCUCCUAAUUUAGGUGUGAGUCUGCCCCCCUGUGGAAGACUAACAGGAAUGCAGAUGGCUGGAAGAAGGGCUUGGAGGAGAUGGCUAACAAGAGCACAAAAGCGAUACUGCAGGCAGGCUCCUCAGUUGAGUUCCUCUGGGAUGUAAAGCGCAUGAGGCAGAAUUGCAAGAGCAGGGCCUCCACCCCUAUAGUCAGAGCACUAUCUAGGGAUUGCGAUUAUCACAGCUUGGUCAUGCCCCUCAAGGACAUCCUUCCUUAAUGCUAAAAGGGCUCAAUCGUUGCUUGCUUCUCUCAAUCUCUGUUCCUCCCCCCCCUCCCCCGACCAUAAAAUUGGUGAUCAUGAGGACCUGUGUGCACAUACACACAUGGCAUACACUGUCCCUUAAGUAGCGGGGCCAGAUUUGUACCCAAUGGGUUUGCACAUUUCCAUCAGUGAAGACAGUUUGCCCUUUUAAGCGAUUCUUGGCUGCUUUGGACGAGGACUGGCAAAUGGGGCUGGCUGGUGCUCGCCCUGCCUCGUGCAUGGGCUGGACUUGAAAUGAUGCAGCCCAAAGGGUAGCGUCCCUUGAACAUGCUUAGCCCAGGUGGUAGAGCUGGGAACCCCAGACAUGCUGCCUCAUGGUGUUGCCAGUCUGGAGCAGGGGAAUUCAUCCACUAUUGCUGGGAAUUCACAUCUUCAAACCAUCCUCUUGCCUGUUUUGGCCAGCAAAUUCUGCAUGUUCCUUUGGCAGGAAGGAAUUGGGAUGACCUCUGCUGGCCAAGCUUUCUUCUCCAUGUUGCUUUGUUUAGGGUCCCUUAGGAGAAGAAGACUCUUUCUCAACAAGACGGACUCUUUUACUCUUCCUGCCCACACUUUGCAUUUGUUAUCCGGGCUUCUGGUGACCAGACAGAGGUUAUCUUGGAGUAAAUAUUUUGGUAUCCUGUGGACUGAAGUUCAGGGCUUCAGGAUGAACUACUUCCAGAGGUGGGCAGAAAGUAGAACUGCAGCUGUCUUUCUGACAGUUGACCAUAGUGGCAGGGGCUUCUAGGAAUUGAAAUCAAAACCAUCUGGUCAUCUGCCUUCUGUUCUCCCCAAUCUAUUCUGCUUGCUGGGUUCCCUAGACCAUCGUGGCUGACCUGACACUAUUAUUUCUAUUUUGCUGCGAUUAUGUUUCCAGAAGAGUUGUUAAGUCCUGCUGAUUGCAACGUGGAAUUGUCUGUGCCCACCUUCUCCAGCCUGGUGCCUUCCAGAUGUGUUGGACUAUAAUAGUCAUAACUCCAGAUAGCUAACCAGGGAAUAUGGGAGGUGUAGUCUAGCUCAAGUGGAAGACACCAGACUAGAGAAGGCUGCCUUUAGACUUUCCAGAUUACCUCACAGCAUAGGGUUAAGAGCACUGCCCCAUUAUGGCAUGGCAAUUUGCUCAGCUGUGUUUACUGUCCCAAGGAAAUGGCAACAUGUUGACUAUUCGUGUUUGUGGCUGAUCACCAUUUGGGGGUCCUUUAUCCUGCCACACUGGGCAAGAUGGCACUUAACUUUGCCAGAUAAUAUUUCUUGACCGAGGCCUGCAGGGAGAAGAGAUGCUUGAAACUGAAGGUUUUUAAGAAGCUUGUUGCAUGGUGCUAGGAUGGAGGGUGUUCCUUAAAGUCCCCCUCCACAAACACUCGAGCAUUUUCUCAAAAGUUGUGAUGUGUCUAUUGGCCUUGGUUAAUUUUGACUGGGAAUUUGGUCAGGAGCUUGUUUUCAUAUUUUUAAAUAGGUUACUGUCUAGAAAUAGUUGAAAAUGCUUCCGCUUUUACAACAUUGCUCUUCCCAGCAUAGAGCCAAAAGCUUUUCAUCUUCUCACUUGAUGCUCAUGUGUAAUAUUUGGAACUUUGAGAAAUGGACACAUACUGUAACUUUGCAUAGCCACUUUUAAACAAUCCCUUUUGCCCGUUAUGAACCAGUUGGGAGACCUAGCAGCUCAAGCUGUUUGUCACAGGGAAUUUUCAAAUGUAAAACCCAACAAAAGUGCAAUGGGGCAGUUGCCUCGCUAGAGAAGGCACUUUUCUGUAGUUUUUCCCAUGUGAUGCCAGAUCAUUCUGAAAUAGGACUUUCCUCCCUGCAUUUUCAUACAGGUAUUUCCCUCUCCAGUUGUCUUAGAUGAAACACAAACGACUGACUCCUUUGGACGGCUAUCCCUUGAAAGGUCUUGUUCCAUCAGCCUGUGUCCCCACUUUUUUUGGCCAGUCAGGGCUUUAGGACAACACGGGGCAUGGCUUUAGGAAUGAAUUGAAUCCAUCAGAUCAUUUUUAAAUGGUGUAUAUUUUAUAUUUAUGAGAUUUUUUGGGGAUGUACGUAAAAAUAGAUUUGUACUAAAAACUUGUAAAUUGUAUAAAAAAGCAAGAGCACCUGAUAUAAAUGGCAAUAAAUGAUUGUCUUUGAUACAAUA